AAUUUUCAGUAAUUUUUUGACGUUACAUGUACUUGCUCGUUUUCACAAAGAUUCCUAUUUCCUUCAAUGUAGUGAUAAAAUAUUCAAUAUGUUGCUAAAUAAGUAGUGUUUUAGGAUAUAAUCGAUCAUAAACUUAAAUGACGCCUACGAAAACAACAAAAUCUGAAGUAGAAAUGGUAAUACGAAACAGAAAAACUGUUAUGAAAGACGGGAUCAUGACAAUGUCGGGCAUCGGUGAGCCUUCCGUUUUCCACGCUCUGGUGGUGAUCUUUUUGGAGUUUUUCGCGUGGGGCCUGCUCACGAUGCCGAUAAUCUCCGUUCUAAACGCAACAUUUCCGGAUCACACUUUUCUCAUGAACGGAUUGAUCAUGGGAAUCAAAGGAAUCUUUUCGUUCCUCUCCGCUCCGCUGAUAGGAGCGCUCUCCGACGUGUGGGGGAGGAAAUUCUUCCUGCUGGUGACGGUGUUCUUUACAUGCGCGCCGAUUCCCCUGAUGACUAUCAACACUUGGUGGUUCUUCGCCAUGAUCAGCAUCAGUGGUGUGUUCGCGGUGACGUUCUCGAUCGUAUUCGCGUAUGUGGCGGACGUGACGACGGAGGCGGAGCGGUCGCGAGCGUACGGGCUGGUGUCGGCCACCUUCGCCGCCAGCAUGGUGAUCUCGCCCGCGCUGGGCGCCUACCUGAUGGACCUGUACGGCGAGGCGCUGGUGGUGGCCGCGGCCACGGCGGUCGCGGUACUCGACGUGUUCUUCAUCAUGGUGGCGGUCCCGGAGAGCCUCCCGGAGAAGGUGCGCCCCAGCGGCUGGGGGGCGUCCAUAAGCUGGGAGCAGGCGGACCCCUUCGCCGCCCUGCGCAAGGUGGGUGCCGAGAGAACGGUGCUGAUGCUGUGCGUGGCCGUGUUUCUGUCCUACUUGCCGGAAGCGGGACAGUACUCGUGUAUAUUUGUGUAUCUGAAGCUAGUGAUGGGUUUUGGUGUUGUGCAGGUGGCAAUAUUUAUUGCCAUUGUUGGUAUUCUCAGUAUUGCAGUGCAAGUCGUGCUCGGAUUUCUAAUGAGGCAUCUCGGUGCUAAACAUACAAUAAUGGUUGGGCUGCUGUUCGAAAUGAUGCAGCUAAUGUGGUACGGCUUCGGCAGUCGCACCUGGAUGAUGUGGGCAGCGGGAGUGCUGGCCGCCCUGGGCUCCCUGACCUAUCCGGCAAUAAGUGCCUACGUGUCGGUGAACAGUCGAGCUGACAGACAAGGUGUGGUUCAGGGCAUGGUAACCGGUGUCCGGGGUCUAUGUAACGGGCUCGGACCUGCCAUGUUUGGUGUUAUUUUCUAUCUUUUCCAUGUAAAUUUGAACGAAGACCACACUGUACAUGAUGGAGGUGGUGGUAAGCCUGACGAAGAAGUGUAUGUCAGGAUGGUCCCGGGACCACCUUUCGUGCUGGGUGCCCUCCUCGUUAUAUGUGCGUUACUAGUUGCAUCAUUUCUGCCAGAAGACAAUACAGUGGGUGUGAGGAAGUCUUCUCCCGAUUUACGAUUCGAGAUGGAGCAUGGGCACCGCGUCGCCGGCCCUCUGUCUCCGCUGAUGGCUCCCGAGUCUGCUGCUCUCUAGCUAGCGGCCAAAGCCGGCCGAGCGGCCAGCGUUUAAAUCUCAGGGACGUGGGCGCCUUUGGGUGUCAAGAAGAUUGCAUUUAUGAAGGUACCAAAGCGAACUCAGUGGAAAGUGAGUCACGACUUCAUUAUAAACAUUCCUGCUUAAUCCGUUUUGUUUGCAUAAAUGAAUACUUCAAAUUUUUUAAACUUUAUACCUAUUUUUGUAAUAAUUUGGCUGUAUAAAGCGUGUACAUAAUAUGAUACAUAUUUAAAUUAAAUAAGGUCUUUUUAAGUUAAACAUUUUUUGUUGUAGCAUAAUGUCACACAUGCUUUCACAACAAACAUAGUGUAUAUUUAGAUUAUGAAAAUGGCAUGAGAGGAUCAUGCACUGUUUGACAAAUUGAUCAAUUAUAACACUAAUAUGUAUAUCCUGAAUAGGAAUUUAGAGUGUAACUUUAGAAUAAUUGUUGCAAAAUUACCUACAUGUAGAAAAUCUAUAUUUUCCAGUAACAAUAAAAAGCUAUAUUUUUUACAGUGUAACAUAUUUAUAUUAGAAAAUUUAAACGAUCUGACAACAUAGGCCUCUCAUUUUAUAGCUUUCUAAUAAAAGUUCCUCAGAAAAUUAGUCGAUAAUAGUGAUUCAAUAUAGAGACGCUUGGCAAAAAUAGCAUCAUUAUGUUUUUCGAGAAGUAAUAUUUAACUAAAUUAAUUUUUAUUGCCUUUUGUUCACUCACUCUCAGCUUAUGCUAGUGUUGAUAGGAUCAAAUGGUUGCCAACUAAACAAGGUUGUGAAGGUAGGCGGCAGCGGGGUCGAGGCGGGUCACACAGUGUUUGUAUGUAAUGCAAACACUGUUAUUGUGCCAGGGGCGGGAAGCUCGAGAAUUGCAAGUUUCUACUUAAUGUGGCCGUUGGUGAUAUACACUGGAGUUCUGUUAUCAGUAUUGUUACACUUCUAAGUCUUCAGUAAAAUAUUACUUUUUACUUCUAAUUGUAAUGAGUCUUUUAAAUUGUCUAAGUGUAAGUAAUUAACCAUUCAUAAAUGGUUUAAAAUGGUUGCUACUGUUAUGCAAACUUGUUAAUUUUACUUAAUUGUUAUUUAAAAUGUAUCCCUAUUGUUUUCGAGGGAUAACAUUAUUCUAAUUAAGUACUUGUAGGCUAUUAAAAUAAACAGUAGAACUCGGACAGAUCGUUAUAAAUACUUUUUUUAAUAUUUUUCAACUUCAUUUGUACUCUGCAUUCUCUGAACACUUGCAAUAAUGACCAGUAUCAAGUUCAAAUUUUGUGGUCAAGGAUGGCCUAACAUGUAUAACAUGUUUUUAAAUUUUGUUAUUGUUUUAAUGAGAAGUACAAAUCUUAAGUGAUACAUUAAAAAGUUGUUCAUAUCGGAGACCUUAAAUUGUGUGGGUACAGCAUGUAACAGAUGUUAUAAUAUUAUUUAGGGUAACAUAUUAUGGUAUGAAAUAGGCAUGUAUUUACUCAGCAGUCACCAUCUAAUAAACUAUAAAGUAUUAAAAUAACCAUCACUGGGCUUAAAUAAUAAUAAUUUGUGGUGAGGACAUGUAAUAUGAUAAUAGGAGGUUUGCCCUAUAUUUUGUUAUUUCUGUGUCCUUGUUAUUUUAAAUCUGCGGAAAUAGCCUCAAAUUUGACAUAUUUUAUCAUUUUUUAAAUUUUAAUGAUAUACUUGUAUAAUAAAUUGUUAUGUUGCCCUUGAAUAUAGUGACAUAAGACAUUGUGUAACAGAAAUACUUAGAGUUCUAUUAUCGAGGGAGAAACAAAACAAAGGAAUGUAAAUAUUAGUCCCACACUUCCUUUGGUAUUCUGCUGCAAAUGGACAGAACCUACAAAACUGUUCAGAAAAACAAAUUGUUACAACGUUAAAACGAGUAUUAGUAAUAAAUUGCAAAUGAGUGAAAUCAAUCUGUAUUGCUCACCAGAAGAUGAUAUAACAUUAAAUGUAAAUAAUAUUAUAUGGAACUA